GAAAUAUAGAAGUAAAGCAACUGUGUCGUGUUGAUCGGUCGAUGCAGCGUGGAACUCGAUUAGUUUAGCCUGACGCAAAACCCGGAAGUUACUUUUUGUUUCUAUUUGAUGAAUGCUUUUCAGAUGCUGCACUUAUUAGAUACCGUUAUAAAUAGAUAAUCAAAAUGAGCGAGACAGAAAACAGUGCAUCAUUUGGCCCCAUAUCUGUGCACAACUUCUCUGAAAAGAUUUUGGAGCAAGUCGUUCACUUCCACGUUAUGAAAUUGAAUGAAGGCUUUUUCCUUUGGAUCGGUUCUUCCCCAGUCUUGUCCAACUUGGCUGUAUCGAUGCCCAGCAAAUAUGAUUCAAUGCCAUUAUCUUCACUAGUCAUGGGGGAUCCAUCAAAUACAGCUGCAAACACCUUGGCACAAAGAUUAGGUACGUUUUUAAAAAAAUCAUACAUACAUUUAUACAUUUUUCUAAUAUUUUAUAUCUUAUUAUGUUAUAUGUUAAUUCAUUUCACAGCAAAGAGGACCAAAAAACAAGUGUUUGUGAGCUACAGUCUUGCUGUCACUGACGGCAACUUAAGCCUUUUAGUGGAGAAUCGCAUCAAGAAGGAGCUCGAGCUUCACCCUGAAUGGUUUUAAACACAAAUUUAUACAGUUAUAUUUGGUGAACAAAAAGGCAGCUGCUCAUUAACAUUCUAAUAAUAUUGUAAUAACAACACAACACAGAUCAUGCUUUUGUUACAUCAAGUAUUUUAUUGAUAUAAUAAAUUAACUGGUUUAUAUCAAAACAUGUAUGCCUAUGGCUUUUUUGUACAAAUGUGUCAUAUUAAAAAAAUAACACUUUGAAAACA